UUGCAGGCACUUCCGCAGGCCUUCAACUAUGGCCUUUUCCUGCCACCGUGCGAUGGUCGAGCCGGCAAAUUCUUGCUGGAGGAUCGCGUCGUACGCGACUAUCCAUUCCAUGAUUGCGUUCCUUACUUAGAGCUCAAAUACAAAAAACGGGUCUACAAGAUGCUGAAUCUUGACGAAAAGCAUUUGAAGAGCAUACAUAGUAAGGCAACGCUGAAGAAGUUCAUGGAUUAUGUGCAGACAAAAAACGCGGAAAAGGUCGAGAAACUCUGCUCUCAGGGAUUGGACGCGAAUUUCCACGAUGCGCAGGGUGAGACUCCAUUAACGUUGGCGGCCGGAGUACCAUCAAAUCGAGCAGUGCUCGUCGCACUUGUCGGAGGCGGUGCACACAUCGAUUUUCGGAAUUCCGAGGGUCAAACUAGGAAAGAGCCUCCUGGAGCUCCUGCCGUGGUUUCACACGCUUUGGAUGCCUUGCACCAAAAUGCUCCACCUUACUGGAACUUCGCUCCGGAUCACCUCCUAAAUCUUUGGGAUCCAUUUCGACGUCCACCCACACUCGAACAUUUUGCCCUGGACUAG